ACGGCCCCUUAGUACCAUAGGUGCAUUGAACAAAAUUAAGAGAUACGAGUACAUCGUAUAUUUGAAAAUGUUGUUUUAUUAGUUGUUCUGUUUGUAUAAAGUUUAAAUUUGUCCAGAUGAUAUUUUGUGCCAACAGUUUAUCAUUGUAAUGAAAAGUGAAAGUAUUGUUGUGGGCGUUGUAGGAGAAGCGUCAAGUUGAAGUGCACCAGCGUCCAACAUAUCGAUUUGUCUGGUAGUAAAACGUAUACGGAAGCUACCUACCAAGGAACCACCUUCUGUUUUGACUCGGUAUGCUGUUGUACCAUGUAAAGGAAGUGCUACUCAAAUUCUAUCAGGAUGACGUAGCCAGAAUAGAAGGAUUGGGUAUUUUUACCCUUUCCGUAAUUGUCGGAUGCUAUGUCAGCUCAAUCUUGGGGCUUUUCAUUGUGUUGUUCUUCAUAAAUGGCUGCGUUGCGGCAGUAUUAACACUGAAUCACAAAGAACGUGUCGGACGCUAUCUGCAAAAGGUGAAGGAUUUUUUCGGCUACAAAGAUUAUGAUCCACGAAACACAUCGGAGUGUGACGUCUGUGGCAAUGAAAAAUGCCCUCGACACAAUCGAAAUGUGUUGAUACAUGAACCCUGGAGAGGGUUCCUCAUCGAUCCAGCGCUCGACGACGCUGUGGAUAAAUUUUUCUCGCAUAUCAUCGAAGGUUUUAUUUGCAAUUGGUACGCUCAGAUAUCGCCAGAUGAGGAGUUCAUUCUCAACAUCAAAAGCAACUUGCGCGAUGCUCUCUGCAGACUUUUGAUCCGAGCCAAGGAGUUGGAUGCUCCUUCGGUUAUUACUACUCGUUUACUACCGACGUUCUUCAUUCAUUAUGAAAUCAUUGCCAAGAUGCUUCUGGUCGACAAUGUACCUAUGAAUCGUCUAUCAAAAACUUUCCUCAUUGAUGAGUAUCCAAUUCACCCAGCGGUACUUAACCGACAAGCGGAACUAAGCUAUUUAAGAGGGGUCGCCAAAGUGAUGAUACCCAGAUUGUUCACCCAGGAGAACAUCAACUGUAAAAUAUUUUCCAACUUAAUCAAGGAGCUGCUCACGUUUUGGGUCUUGCUUCCCCUGUUGGACGUGAUUUCUGAUCCAAACUUGAUCAAUUUGUUGAUAAUUGCUGCCACAGACAAGCGGCAAAAGGAAGCGAACCGUUCAGGUCGUCCAAAAUCGCAAAUCUGCGAAAAGGUAGAAAUCUUAAAAGAUUUCAUCGAAAGAAGCCGAGAGAAGGAUGAAUGCGGCGUGAAAACAGUUGUUAAAGAGGAAAACAUUCUGGAGGAUCAGGACAAGCUGUACUAUUUCAUGCAGUUUUUAAUCAAGGAAGGAACCGUAGAACUGCUACGAUUCUACUUGGAUGUCGACAGUUUGAACAAAGAACUGGAGGACCCCCAUAUUACAACCGAUCCCACCAAGCUGUCUUCGUUGCAUCAGCAAUCGGAGAAGUUGCUUCAAACGUAUCAGAGUAUGAUGAAGAACGAGAAGGAAUCGUCUAUUGCAACAACACUCAACGAGGCUCAUGAACGGGUUAAGGAAAAGUUAGAGGACAAAUGGCGGAAGCAAUUCAGUAAAACUUUCGAGUAUUUCGAACUGAUCUACGGCAAUAGAGACAUCAAAGAGAAUUCGGAUAAGAAAUCCCCUGAGGGCGGGGGUGGCUCAGGAACAAAGCUAAGUUCCAAAUUCAAAGAGGCGAUCCGCGGUGCCGUCGACGGUGCUCCAAUCGAAGCCACAGAAGCACCUACCGUUUGGGAUGCUCUAACGGAUAUUCAACCACAGAACAAUACUAUAUACAGCUCUGUCACGCAGAAACUUCGCAAAGAGAAAGGUCAAAGCUUGGAUGCCUUCAUGACAACAUUUAUGCAUUCCAUUGAACAAAGUCCUGAUAUCGGCGAGGAUGUGAUAGAAGUAAAAAGUACGUUGAAGAAGAAAUUCAAACAACCUGGACAAAGCGUAGUAUUUGGAGACCUUUUCGAGCUGAAAAAAGCUUCGAAGAAUACCCACACAACGACGCUCCUAUCGCAUAGCGUUCGAGGACCAUCCCAGUGCUUAGUCUAUAUACUGGUAAAAAUUUUGAAUGCUCCUAUCCUAUUAGUUCGUUUGGCCUUGGCAUUCUGUUGCGUGUCGCGUAAAACCGUAGACACGUUGAUUCACACUGCGAUCGCUCGAUUGCUACGCGCAGGACUGAAAGAGUCACGCCUAGCCGGUCUCAUCAAUUUGUUGAGAGAGAUUAUCUUUCUCAAGAAACUCCCGGAGCCAACGCCAGCUGAGCUGCUUCGAAGGCAACAGGAAGCACGCAAGCGACUGGAAGAUCUUCGUCCCGGUUUGGGGAAUGUGGCCAACGUUUUGCAAUCACCAGUGUUGAACAAACAUCUGAUGUAUUGCCUGUUUGAUAUAAUAUUGGGGGAGAUGUAUCCAGAAUUUGAAAGCCCUGCUAUAGCAUCUGUCAAAGUCGAUAGGUAAACUCUGAAUAUAACAAUAUAGUCCGUACACUGUA